CUUCCUCAAUUCAAAUGAACUUUGGAGAUGGCACAGCAAGCAAAAUAUCUCAAAUAAACACAACAAUAAGUCACUGGUUUACCCAAGAGGGCCGAUACACAGUAUCUGGACAUAUCAACCAAUCGAAUCACCAGUCACUCUUACUGGAACGUGACGUCAUCGUCCAGGAACGAAUACCAAACGUCUAUAUGUCAUGUCCUUAUAGUGCAAGUACUACWUACCUUUCUGAAUGUCAUCUCAACGGUUUAGAUGGUUCUAGCAUCGAUGUUGAGAUAGACACAUAUACGAAUGGAAGUCUGGAUGAAAAAAUUCAUAUAGUAAUACCAGGUAAAGAACGGUUAAGGAUAGGUCAUCUUGAACCACUAUCCACCAACAGUAGUCUAGAAAAUAAGACAAAAGGAACGUACAUCUUGCCUGGUUUACAAUUUCGCGAUACAACAGUCAUCGAGGCGUGGGAGAUAGUGGCGACUAGGRAAUGCUCCGUGAAACUCCAGAUAUUUCGACCAAACACAGUUCCCUGUGAAAAGMCAUGCAACAAGAAGACGUUUUGCGCAAAGUCUGCAAUCAACAAGAAUGCAUGUAGCACUCCAUGCAUAUACAGAAAACAAUGCACCACCAACACAACGGCCGAAUGUUUGCUUACCAAACCCCCAUAUCAAAGCGUAUCAUCUUUUGAUGUCGACCUUACAACUGGAUACAAUUUCGUUCCAGUUCCUGCGAAAAUUAAGUCUACUUCAGCGUAUUUUGGCGACGUUGUKGGAUGGACAUCUAAUGAUGUAAACUGUAUCAAAACCAUCUCUCAUUCKAAUAACCAAUCACAGGACGCACUUUUCUGGACCAAUCAGACGAGUGURUUGUAUAAUGUCAACGAUACAGAAUCUGCUGAGMGAAAGACAUUUGCUGUUCGCGUCCAUGGCUCAUUUCCAGUGCAUUAUCGAUUUAGGUAUUGCAAUMAAAAUCCAGACAUUAUCUCUUUCAAUGCCAAGUUCUCUAACCAACUGUCAACAAGAAAUGCAAGUGCUACCAUUAUUUUCCAGAAACGAAUAACAGAUUUUUCCUACACUGAAAUUGAAGAAUUCAUGAUCGUGAACGAAAGUAAACCUCUUGUUUUCCAGGCACAAGAGGGGACAAACGUGUCAUUUGAGUUGAACAUUGAUGGGAAAACGUUUCCAUAUGCACCAUAUGAAGAACAGGGUGUAAUAACCAAUGGUUUUGUUUAUCGAAAGAACAUCACGYUCUAUGAGAGCGAUGAGAGUGUGGAYAUUUCAUUCCAGGCAKCWAACAUGGUUUCCAAGAAAUCAAAACAUUUUAACAUCAAAGUACGUCUUCGAGUCCUUGGUCUUCAAGCGUCUCUUACAUACACUGAAGGUUUUGUGUACMAAGGAGCUGUGACCUAUUUGAACACAAGUAUAUCACAGGGAAACUWUGUUGCAUACGACUGGUUAUUUGAAAACAAAGCAUAUUCGACACAUUCACCAAAAAUUACUCAUAUCUGGACGACUCUAGGACGUGACGAUAUCGUUUUGUACGCACAAAACAAAGUAACAUUCGAAAAGUACGAUAUUUCAACUAAAGUCAUUAACAAUCCUCUUAUUUUAAAUAUUUCUCAUUAUGUUGAGGCUGGUGCUGUUCAGUAUGUUGGUUGCAAAUUGCUUUGGCCGGGAGGCUCAAGUAUGAAGUUUUUCCAGCAAAUGAAUUUGACGGGUAAUAAAGGAACAGAUGCCCCAAACAAAGUAGAGUUGGUAUUAAAUCUUGGGGAUGGCAACAGUGUWACUAGCAACACUGAUUCUAUUUCUACAGAGCAUGURUUUGCUAAGAAUGUCAAGUCAGGCUAUCAUGUGCAAUGUACAGUCAAAGAUCGGCCUGAAAUCAAUAUAAGACGAAACAUCAAGUCCAUUGAUAAAAUCAGCGGACUACAAAUAAAAAGUGAUUGCCCUAGCUCUAUUCAAAAAGGUGUCACUUGCACCUUUACAGCCAUCACGUCCAAGGGGAAUAAUGUUGGAUGCAGGUGGAUAAUAAAGGACGGCUCAUCAUCUAUUUUUUUGUCCAGUUGUUCAGUGAAAUACACCUUUACCAACAUAGAUCCUGGGUAUGCAAUAGUUAAUGCCAGUAAUCAGAUUUCAUGGUUGAGAAUAAACAAGACAUUUACAUUGUUAAAACCGACUACCUCUUCAGUAAUAUUGACUCCCACGRCAACUGCWWUGUCAUCUACAGCGACUGGAACAUUCUCGACAAUUACUACAGCACCAWCUACCWCAGAACAACCACAAGUAUCGUCGUCUAUCUCACCAUCUCCAAGCAAAGUCACUGCCUCGUCUACUUCUUCAAUCAUACCAUCAAUCRCAAAUGCGUCUCUUGUAUGUCCAGGAAGUGGUAUCGUYGSAGAAGAAACUUUAAUUCAGACUUUAACAAUGAAUCGCCACGCUUCAAUUAAGUAUGAAUGGUACAUCAAUGAACAACGWCUUGAAUCUGGAAACAGGUCGAUAAACCAUGUUUUUAAACAACAUGGCAUCUACRCUGUAAGAUGUAAASUAUCAAAUGUUCAKGAACAAGURACAGUAGACUGUAAAAUACCAGUACAAAACCGGAUUGACGGGUUUAAAAUGACCAAACUAGAGAUCCUGAAAGAGUCWCUUGUCGGUGUAGCUUUUGAAGUCUCUGAGGGAAACAAUGUCACAUACAAAGUUGAAUAUGGUGAUGGAGGUAGGAUAUUAGGGUAG